AUGUUAUAUAAUCCCAAUGAGGCAAUCUUGCCAAACUUCACAACCGUCGAGUACACCACGGCCAGGGCUUGUCUAAUCGCUAGAGGUCUCAUGAACGAAGAAGCAGCUGCGGAAGCGCUUGAAACUAUCUGGACCUUCAACAACGACACUGCCAAAGACGCUUGGGCAGAGCAAGCAGAAAUAGAACUAAGGCAGGCUCAAGAAGCUCGGCGGGUUGCAGCCGAGCAAGAGCAAGAACGGCAGCAAGCGCUGGAAGACGAACUUAUUGCAGCGCGCAAGGAAGAACACAAGAAGAAUAAAGCUAAAUUCAUCCCCGUCUCUACAGCUAAGAUACUGACCAUUCCCACCGUCAUCCCUUCUCACUAUGCUGUAUGCAAACUCAAAACUGGGGAUUACUGCGAACUCUUUUACUUCACCAAUAAAGGCCUGUCCGAAGCCAAGAAGAAUCUUCUCUCAACAAAACCGUAA